GAAGAAACCAUUCUGACCGAGCGGAAGUAGAUCACAGUGCUUUUUCUCCACUGGUAGUGUGAUGUGUUUCACAAGAGUCUCUUUACUUUAAUCGCAAAUCGGUGAGAGAUUGGCCCCUUUUUUCCCCCCCAACAUGGAUGCAGGUUUAUGAGUGCCACAUCUAACUUUGUGCUUUUCACACAAAGCAUUUGAUGAGAUGGGUCGCAGAAAGUCAAAGAGAAAGCCUCCUCCCAAGAAAAAGAUGACCGGAAACCUGGACACCCAGUUUACCUGCCCCUUCUGUAACCACGAGAAAUCGUGUGAUGUAAAGAUGGAAAGAAGUCGAAAUACGGGGAUAAUAUCAUGUAAUGUGUGUCUAGAAGAAUUCCAGACACCUAUAACCUAUCUCUCAGAACCCGUGGAUGUGUACAGUGACUGGAUAGAUGCUUGUGAAGCAGCCAAUCAGUAGUUUCGCCGGGGUCAAAUGUCACAGAUGACCAAAUAGACUUGAAGAUUUUAUGUUUGUUUUUGUUUUUUUACAGUCCUGUAAUGAUUCACUGCUCAGUCUUGGCUAAGCUCUAACAAAGUCACAGUGGAGUUUGAGGCACCAUUCAGAUUGUAUUUUGAAAUGCAGCCUUUCCCCUUGUGUUUAGUGUUACAGAAAUGCUGAGAUGUUGAUGCAAUGAAUAAUGUUGCUUAUUGAUUUGAAAAUCGAUAUUUCAUUUUCAUUUCAGUUUAGAAUCUUUUAGUUUGUCUGUUUUAUUUGAUGAUUUAGGUUUUUAUGUGGCCAAUUAGUCUCGAUACAUUUUUAUUUAAAUAGUGUCUCUUGUAGAAAACUGAUUUGUGUACAUUUGUGUUGCUGUUAUUUUGAAAUA